AUGUCGUUCUCGGAUGAGAAGGAACCCGUAAAUCUCCUCGCCUUGGACGGCGGUGGGAUCAGGGGAGUCUCGGAGCUCAUCAUACUUGAUGAGCUGAUGAAGCAGAUACAAAUCAGAGGAAAUCUCGCUCGGGUGCCGAGGCCGUGCGUCUACUUCCAUCUAAUGGGUGGCACCAGCACCGGAGGUCUGGUCGCCAUCAUGCUCGGACGCCUAGAGAUGAGCACCGAAGAGGCUCUGUCUGCAUAUGAUAAGUUUGCACAGGAGAUCUUCUCCAAGAAGAACAGGAACAUGUUGAACCCGGCUGAAAAAUAUGGAGCCGUGGCUCUCGAGCAAACGGUGCAGAAACUUGUCCAUGACUGUCAGAAGGGCCCUUCCAUGAGAGACUGCCGCCCGUAUACGGCAAAAGGGAGGGCCUUUGUCUGCACAAUGCCGCAGCACGAUCGAAACGCGACGGUACGCCUUCGGACUUAUGAUGUUGAGGGCGACAAGUUCUCCAAGUGUCAGAUUUAUCAGGCCGCGCGGGCAACAACGGCAGCAUCUACCUUUUUCAAACCUAUGCCUAUUCAGAACGAUCAGGGCGUGGUGACAAACUUUGUUGACGCUGCACUAGGCCGUAAUAACCCAGUCGGCAUCUUGCUGGAAGAGGCUGGGUCUCUUUUUGGCACGCGGCGCCGGCUCGGGUGCGUCGUCAGCCUGGGGACUGGGUCUCGAAAGACAGAGCUUGCAAAGGGCAAAUCAAAGGCCAAGCAGCUCGUGAGCCUGCUCAGUGUUUUGAAAGAGAUCAGCACUGAUACACAGAGGGAUCACGAACGGAUGUUGAGCAUGCUCAAAGACUUCCCAGAUACCUACUUCCGGUUGAACGUCGAUGGAGGUGCCGAAAAGAUCAGUCUCGAUGACUGGGGAAAGAUUGGCCUUCUGAAGGAGAGGACGAGGAAGUACCUCCAGGACAAGGCGGUGGCGGACUGCAUCGAUAAGCUGGCCAAAGCGUUGUUGCGAGGUACUUCCCACGGCCUGACUCUUGCGCACUUGGGGGGCCUCGACAAGGACGUCAUCAUUCGGGAUACGCAAAAGGCCAAGCCAAGAGGGAGGGCGAGUACAAUAUUCACCGGGCGAGCCACCAUCCUGAAAACCCUACGCGAGCAUUUCAAUCGACAAGACUCCGGCGAUGUCUCUCGGAGAGAAUUCCAAUUGUGGGGAAUGGGCGGAGUUGGAAAGACUCAGAUCGCUCUCAAGUUUUCUGAAGAGUUUGAGAGAAAUGACUAUAAAAUACUAUGGAUCGACGCAACAGACGUUUACACUAUCGAGCAAAGCUAUCUUCGCAUCGUGGAAAAGGAUCUUCAACCCGAAAAUCGGGGAGACGGGGCGAUCACCAGGCUAUUGGGAAAGCUAGAAGCGAGUGACAAAUGGCUGCUUGUGUUCGACAAUGCGCCUGAGAGGGGCCUUGGCCCUUGGAUCCCGGACGGAAAUAGUGGGAAUAUCAUCUACACUACUCGCCUGAAACACCUCGAGCGACGACUUGCACCAAACUGCGUAUCUUACGUCGACCAGAUGGACGUUGCAGAUGGCUUGACACUCCUUCUCCGGUCGGCACGAAUGGACGAGGGCGAGAAGCAAUACAGAGACCUUGCCAGACCUGUUGCGAAAGAGCUUGGGUACCUCCCUUUGGCACUUGAUCAAGCUGGUGCCUACAUACACAUGGCCCCAUGUCCACUUGAGCGCUUCCUGGAGAAGUUCAAUAACGAGAAGGAUGCAUUGCUAAGCAACCCGAUGUUCAGGGGUGAAGACAACAUUCGUAACUUGCCUAUCUAUGCGACUUUCAAUAUCUCUUGGGACGCUAUCAAGGCAUAUGCGGACAAGAGGAAGGAUGUCGAACGGGCGACGGAAGCACUGAAUGCCCUCCAGCUGCUCAACUUACUGUGCUUCUACCACAACGAGGGGUUUAUCGCCCAAAUGUUCGGAUAUGCCGCCAAGAACAGGGCCGUGUACGACCUGACCUCUGCGCACCCUCUCGAAGCAGAAGGAAUCUCACUCGAGCACCUCAUACACAUGAGCUACACAGAGGACUUUGAUAUGCCCGGCAACGAGUGGAACCGUGGUGGUUUCGACAUGGGCAUCAGGUUCUUGGAGGAGUUCUCCCUUCUCAAACAUGACUACCGCAACUUGCACACCAACAUGCACAUCCUAGUACACGAGUGGGCGCGGAGACGUCUGACACCGGGACAAAGAGCCGAAUGGGGAGGAGCAGCUAGACGCAUCCUCCUAGACUCGUUCAACUUUGAAUCCUUGGGCUCCUCUAUUGCUCAUCGUCGUGAGAUGGUUGUGCAUCUCGAUGCAUGUGUCAGGUUCGUUGAUCCUGACAACCAGAAAGUUGACCUCGAACCGGAGUAUCACUUCAAUAUUGCCAAUAUAUAUGAAGCCGCCAACCGGUUCGAAGAUGCCAGGCUAGCACGUGAGAAGUCGACUUUCUUCGCCCUCCGCCGCGCCGCAGGAUUCUUCACUGAAAAUGUACUUAUGUACAUGUACAUGCAGGCAGAUGACUACGGCAGCCACUGCGACAUCGCCCAAGCAGAGCAAAUGUACCUCGAGAUUCUGGACCGGUUCCAGCUUAUUGUCGAUCAAGCCAAAUGGCAGGCAAUCCCGUCGAGAAAGGGGAAGCGUUCAAUGUUGAAGUUGUCGAGAGACGAGAAAAAUGCCGACAAUCGUCGUGAGGAAGUUCUCGAUUUCAAUCUGGCUAGGGACACCAAAGCUUCACUGGCGUUCUUAUACUUCGAGCAGGGUCAUUAUGAGUCGGCCGAGCCACACCUUCUAGACAUUCUGGAAUGGGCCAAACAAGACACCGGCAGAGAGAAGGAAAGGGCCGUUAUCAGGGCUCGUGAUUACCUCGCGACCAUUGCAAACCCGUCUGGCGCCCGGCCGUCCGAAACCUCGGAGGAGGCAAAGGCGAAAUAUCUCGCUCGGGAAGAGGAGUCCGGCUCUGAUAGCUUCGGCACCCAAUCACUGCGGCGCAACUUUGCCAUCCAACUUGUCAGGGAGGGCAAAUUAGAGGAGGCCUUGGACGAAUACCACCCCAUAUGGCUUUGGUACUGCGACAAAUACGGCAAGGAGUCCAACAAGACUCGGCAGGUUCUUGACGCUAUGGUGCUCACAAUGCACAAGGUGGCACCCUGCCAUGGGUUCACAGCAAACGUAUUGAUCAUGUCGUUCAGCUGGAAUCACUUCACAUUUGGACCGCAGCAUCUUGAAACAUUGGAGUCCCGGGGUGUGUUGGCAGAUGUUCUCUGCGACAUGUGUGCUCUUGGAAAGGCCCUGGAACUGGCCGAGGGCUCUGUGAAGAUCGCCAGAGCCAUCUAUGGGGAAGGCGGCCGGACAACCCUUUAUCACAUCGACGAAUACCGGAGAAUACGCGAGCUCUACGAGACAAUGCCCUUGUUUAUACGGCUGAGGGUUAUACAGGAUAAAAUUCUGGAGGAGAAGAAGGCCCCUUUGACAUUUGGCCCCCUCCACGAGUAUUCUGAAAAGCUCGCAGACUGGGAGCCGCACCCGAUUGCAACACCCUUGACUCCGGAGGGCACAGAGGUCCGAGUCGUCAAGGAGGAGAUCCCUUUGACCUUUGGUGUCGCGUUGCGUUACAAGCAGUUGGAUGUGGCCGCUGCCGACUUCCAGAUUCCAUCUCUGGAGGCGAUCAUACCAGACACCUGGCUAUUGCUUUGUCGGGACGCUAAGAGCGACCCCAAAUUUCGUGAUCCGGGACCGUUCUUUAACGACAGAUUUCUGAAGCGAUACAAGGAAGGUCUCUAGGACCUGCAGAUUUUCAGCACCAAGUUUUUGGGUAUCAGCUAUGGAACUUCAUUGUUAUCUGACUC